AUGGGUCGAUCACCCCCCAUUGUCUUCAUCGCCAGGCAUGGCGCGCGCCUGGAUGCCGCGGAUAAGGACUGGCAUCUAACCUCCCCCACGCCUUACGAUCCUCCUCUCUCCUACGGCGGCUGGCUCCAGUCUCGUGCCCUCGGUGUGCGCAUCGCGAGUCUUUUGCGACACCGUGGGUUUACGGGACAGGACCCGGAGGGUGAGCGCAGUCGCCCUCCGACCUCGGACUCCCAGUCGACUCCGAACCCCAGCCCCGCCCCUUCGGACUUGUCCCACCAAUACAACAUCGUGAUCCAUACCUCCCCAUAUCUGCGAUGUCUCCAGACAGCCAUCGCAGUCAGCUCAGGCAUCAAGCAGCAUCGGCCGGGUACCGAAACGCCAGAAAAGGCUAGUCCUACUCCCGUGGGUCCUGCAGACGCCGGGGCCCCCGAUCCGCGCUGCCUGCUGCGCGUCGACGCGUUUCUGGGCGAGUGGCUGUCUCCCGACUACUUUGAUCAAAUAACACCGCCGCCUGCCUCUGACCGCAUGUUGGCCUCUGCUAAGGCAGAACUUCUCCGCCGCAGCGAUGUGGUUUUUGCCGGAGAUGGCUCUGGCAAGUCGUCUUCGGGCCAUUUCCCGGGAGGCUGGGGCAGCCAAUCCUAUCCCACAUCGCCUACCAUUGAAGAAGAGGAUCGCUGCUUGCAUUCACUUGGAUUAUCCGCCCAGCAAGGCUCUCGCCAGCGUGCCAGCACGUACGACAACCCUGAGGGUUCCACCCAAACCACCCGCACCAAGAAGAUUUUGGGCCGCCUAGACACCAACCUGCCGUCCAGCGUCGACGCUGCCUAUGUACCCCCAGCACCUAAUUACGCCGUCUCUGCUUCAGACCCCAUCCCCGCGGGAUACGUCGCUCAUGCACGGAACGCAUGUACGAAAAUCGACUACCAGUGGGACAGCAUGCGCAAACCUUACUGGGGAACGGGGGGAGAUUACGGCGACGAAUGGAGUACUAUGCAUGAACGCGUCGAGACUGGCUUUCGGCGGAUGGUGGAAUGGUAUCACAAGCACGAUCGGUUGGCUUCGACCCAGCAUGAAAGCAAGCCGAAUGGGGCGAGUACCAACCGCGAUGCGGAGACUGUCCUCAUUAUCAUCACGCAUGGAGCAGAUUGCAAUGCCUUGAUCAGCUCCCUGAGCGGACGCGCGGUGCUUUUGGAUAUCGGCACAUCCUCCCUCACUAUGGCAGUGCGGCGAGACCGAGUUCAUGAUGCGAGCCUCGGCGAGGAUUGUUCUCGGCUUUCCUCCGAGCAGCAGGAUAAUUGGUCUGUUGCACAGGAAUACACCUUACGGCUUGUGGCUUCGACCGAUCACCUGCGUGCAGGGGCCAACCCCUCCCAGCUCUCCUCACUGUCAUCUCCCUCGGCUCCACAGCCGUUUUCGCACCCCCAAAUCUCCACUCACCGGAAUCGCCUCGGGCCGCGCCCAUCGCUAGCCCAAGGCUCGUUUAUAAUUGGACCGACGUCAGGCUCAGGUAGCAGUACUCGUGGCUGGACGUUGGCCAUGCGGCCGUCGACCUUGGCUAAGGGUACAUCCGGACUCUGGGGCUCGAACCCGUCCUCCUCGGACAAGGCCGACGACACAGAGGAUGACUUUGUACCCAACUUUGGCGACUCGCGACCAGCCAGUCAAGACUCACCACACCCAGACCGAGCAGAUGAUCUCUGGUCCAAACAAGUCCCGCAGCGAACACAGUCGCAGCGGGGGCUGUGGGGGAGUGCGAAGUCGUGGGACCGGGAUGGAUCGAAACGGCGGUGGUCGGUGGCGGAGCAGAAACUGUAA